GGCGGCCAGCCCGAGACCGGAAGCGGAAGCGUGGGGCGCUGCCGUGGAAGGAGCCUGCGGAGCUGGCUGCGUGGGGUGCGCUGUCUUCUUCGCGCGGGACCGGCUUCACGUGGGCCCGGCCUGAGCACGCUGUGCCGACCAGAGGAGGAGCGUCCGGGUUCUUCCGCUGCCCGUUGUCCGGGGAAAUUCCUGUCUGAGUCACAGGAUGGCGGCCGUGGUUCUGCCCCCCACUUGUGCUCAGCCUUCCCUGUACUCAGCCUCUCCUCGGAACGGACGCACGGAGGAGGAAGGGUUGGCUAAGGGCUUCCUGACCGGCUGGUUACCGCACUCGGUGACCUUCGAGGAUGUGGCCGUGGAGUUCACCCAGGAGGAGUGGGCCCUGCUGGACCCUUCUCAGAGAACACUGUACAGAGACGUGAUGCAGGAGAACUGCAGGAACCUGGCCUCGCUCGGGUGUCGUGUUGAUAAACCCAGUCUGACCUCCCAGCUGGAGCAAGAAGACAAAGUGAUGACACAGGAGCGAGGAAUUCUUCCAGGCACCUGUCCAGGUUUGGAGACUGUACUUAAAGCCAAAUGGUUAACUCCUAAGAAGCACGUUUUUAGAAAAGAACAUUCCAAUGGUAUUAAAGCGGAAAGAAAUCAUCUCGGAGUGAAAGUCAAUGAAUGUAAUCAGUGCUUUAAAGUCUUCAGCACAAAGUCUAACCUCACUCAGCACAAGAGAAUUCAUACUGGAGAAAAACCCUAUGACUGUAAUCAGUGUGGCAAGUCCUUCAGCAGUAGAUCCUACCUGACCAUUCACAAGAGGAUACACAAUGGGGAGAAGCCCUAUGAAUGCACGGACUGUGGCAAAGCCUUCAAUGAUCCCUCAUCCCUUAGGCUGCACGUGAGAAUUCACACUGGAGAAAAACCCUACGAAUGUAAUCAGUGUUUCCACGUCUUCCGCACCAGUUGUAACCUCAAAAGCCACAAGAGAAUUCAUACGAGAGAGAAUCACCAUGAAUGUAAUCAAUGUGGCAAGGCCUUCAGCACGAGGUCCUCCCUCACCGGGCAUAAUAGUAUUCAUACGGGGGAGAAACCUUAUGAGUGCCACGACUGUGGGAAAGCCUUUAGGAAGAGCUCCUAUCUGACCCAGCACAUGAGAACUCAUACUGGAGAAAAACCCUAUGAGUGUGAUCAGUGUGGAAAAUCCUUCAGCAGUAGCUUUUCUCUUACUGUGCACAAGAGAAUUCACACUGGGGAGAAACCCUAUGAAUGCAGUAACUGUGGGAAAGCGUUCAAUAAUCUCUCCGCUGUUAAGAAACACGUGAGAACUCACACUGGAGAGAAACCCUACGAAUGUAAUCAUUGUGGAAAAUCUUUCACCACUAACUCUUACCUUUCUGUGCACAAGAGAAUUCAUAAUAGGUGGAUAUGAGUACAGUAAUUAGGAAAGCGUUCAUUGAUCUCUUAACCCUCAGACAACUGAGGGUAACUCACUAGAUGGGUGAGUUAUCUGCUGCUGCCUAGCAAAUUUCCCUCCAAAACAUAGUGGCUUCAAACCUCACACAUUUAUUAUAAUUUCUGUAGGUCGGGAAUCUGGAAGCGUCUUAGCUGUGUAGUCCUGGCGCAGAAUCUGUCAUGAGGUGAAAUCAAGAUGUCUGCUGGAGCCACAAUCAUCGGAGUCUUUACUGAUACAGAAUCUGCUUCCAGAAUGGCUCACUCACAUGUCUAGCAAGUCAAUGCCAGUUGUUGGCAGAGAAUCUUCAUUACUUCACUCUCCAGAGGGCCAAGUAUCUUCAUGAUGUAGCAUCAGGUUCCUCCCAAAGCAUGUGAUCUACAGGAGAGCUAAUGCAGAAGCCUCAUUGUCUUUUUUGACCCAUCCUCAGGAGGACAUACUAUCGUUCCUUCCGUACUGUAUUGCUUACAGAGUGGGAAGAAACAACACAGGGUAUAUAUAUCAGGAGACAGAUCAUAAGGAACCAUCUGAGGAGUUUCCAUGAAAUCAGUGAAGAAAAGCCUGUAGCAGACUCUCAUUCUGUCAAUCUAUUGUAUAUGAAGUAGCCCUCGGUAACUUAUGUCAAUUCCCUCUGGAGAGAAACCUCGUGAGUGCAAUCUUUGUGGUAAGCUUUCAGCUCAAACUCACCCUAAUGUGCACAAAAGAUUAUGUGUGGAGAGAAACCUGAGGAGCGCAGUAGCUAUAGGAAAGCCUUCAGUGAUAUCUCUAGGGAGUCACAUAACAGUUCACGCUAAGGGAAAAACCUUAGGACUAUCCUCAGAAUGCAAAAGCCUUCAGCGACACUCAUCCCAUAGAGCACAUGUGAGAAAUCACUACAGAGGAAUCCUAAAAGGAAUGUGGGAAACCCUUCAGCACAAGCGUUUGCAUUACUGAGCGAAAGAUGGGGAGAGAUUCCGAAUACAAUUACUGUGGGAAAGCCUCGAAUGUUCUCUCAGUUUUUAAGAGACACGAGGGUUUAUUCUGGAGAGAAAUUCCCUUCGAAUGUCAUCAGUACUGGAAAGUCAUUUUUCCACAUUCCUUAGGAAACUGAGAAUUCACUGCAAAGACACUUGUGAAUAUAAAGACUGAGGGAAUGCCUUGGCUGAUACCUCUUACAUUAGGAAAAAUAGGAAGUUUUCUUUGGAGGCAAAAGUUGUGAGUGUAUCAAUUUGGAAAAAAUCUUUCAGUGAUUCUUUGUUGGUUUGUGAGAACUCACAUUGUAGGGAAACCCUAGAAAAGUGAUGCCUCAGCUCUUUACUGAGGGGCCACAAAAUAAGUUAAACUGGGAAUGGAAAUUAUCGAUUUUGAGUGUGGGUUUACCCUUAUCUCAUCCUAAGAUCGGGCCACUAGUUCAUUAAUUUUCAGUCUUUUUGUUUUAGUAUAAACACGUCUAUAGCCAUACCUAAAAUAAACCUUAAAUUUUGUUCCAUAGUUUUGUAUGUAACAUGUUAACUCUAAUUUACUCUUUAAAAACAUCAGUACAUAGCAUAUCCAAAAAGACAUUUCUGAGUAUCUCCUGAGUGAAUUAGUUUAUCAUUAGUGGAAAUUAGACCGUAUUUACUAUAUACUUUUUCUAGUUUAAUGGCAUUUUUGUCAGGUAAGCGGACUUUACGAUGCUGAUUGUUUUUUAUCUUUCUCUUCUAGUAUGGCAUUUUGUUUAGCUUCUUUCCCAAUGCCCAUCGUCCCCCACUCAUUUACGUAAAAAAUGUUUUCGUUGUCAUUCAAGUUGUCAAUGAGCAGGAUUAAAAAUGCGCAACUUAAUAAGGCUUCUCUGAGGCCCAGAGAGGUAUUGCCUGGCUCUGCUGACCAUGAGGAGUAGGUAGAAGUCACUGGGGAGAACACCAUCUGGCCCGUUCCCCACCUGUAUCCUGUUCGUCUUGCCCGUGCUUUCUCUUGAAAGUCGACUCAAGGCCAAGAGUCGGAAGCGCUCUAUUUUGAUCGUGAUGCCAGACACCAUAGUACAGCACAAAAUGACAGUGACAUGGGCUCCCCCCGGACCUCUGAUUGGUGGGCUCAGCUCUGGACUGCUUAUGCCCAGACUACUCCUUACAUGAUUAAAAGUAACCUCUAACUGGUUGAAGCCAAAGUCUUUUUCUCGGGGGGUUUGUUUUUGAGGUGGUGUUCUGUUCAUGUCCAGCCAAAUGCAGUAUCUAACUAGGAAACCCAGUAGUUGGUCCCAUUUGAUAAGUGUUCCAUGCUUCUUUGAAAAUAAUGUAUAUUCUCUAAGUUUUCGAUGUAGACUAUGUGCCCAUUAACUCAAGUUAAUUGUGUUUUCAGAUAUAGUAUGUACAUUCAGGUUUUUGUCCUCAAACUUAUUUAGUGGUAGAUGUCUAUUAAAGUCUUCUUCUAAGGAUAUGGA